GAAGUUUGCGCCCUGAAAUUUGAACUUCACCUCUAUACUGCUUCACUUCGCACCGAAACUUUGAUAAUGUUAUGAAAGUUGAAGAAGGAUAUGUUCGCUCGUUCGCAUCGAUGAUAACCAUAUAUCCUCAACUUUUGAUCAGUUCAUUGAUCAAGUACUACGACAUGACUGCGGAAUCAUAACCCCACGACCGCAACAUAAAAAAGAUAUCAUGAAGCUACCAGAAGCAUUAGAAACCCAGAACGCUCGCGACGAUAGGGUUGAGCAGCUAUGGAGGAAGUUGGAUACAAAGCAGAGAGGCGAAAUCAAUCUGCAAGAGCUUCAAAAGGGGCUGCGGAGGAUCGAUCACCCUUUAAAGGAUGCCAGUGAUUUGCUAAGAGAUGUAGUAAAGGCUAUGGAUAAAAAUGGAGAUGAAGUUAUACAAUAUGAGGGUAUGGACAUACAAUUUCUGUUCCCGAUAGCACCACCCUGAUCUCCAGCUUCAGAAAUUCUUACUCACUAUAUUCCGUCUAGAAUUUCGAUUAUUUGUCGAAAAAACGGAAAAGGAGCUGUUCGUCCUCUUCCAAGGCAUUGAUAAGGACCAUGACAACAGAUUGGAUAAAGAUGAAUUGCAAGUUGCAUUCAAAAAAGCAGGACUUACCAUUUCAAAACCUAAAUUAGACCUGUUCUUCACUGAGGUUGAUAUGAAUAACGAUGUUCGUACCGAAUCACCAUUUUGGAGACUUCCCAUGAAUAUCAUAUCUAACUUAACUUGAAGGGAUAUAUAACUUUCGAUGAAUGGAGGUUAGUGCUAUGAUUUCUUCUACAUCGAGUGAAUGAUUCUGCAUUGAGUAAAUGAAUUCAAUCAGAUGAUUUUCCUUAAAGUUUACUUCAAUUUUGUAGGGUUGCUAAGCUUCCGCUAAGAGCGACGGGGUGAAAAUUAGCACAACUAGCACAACUAGUAUAUCCCACAAACACUGGUAGCCACAUACGUUGCCAUGGCAUUUAAAUUUCCAAUCAAUCGAGUCAUCUGAGAUACAUCAGUCCUAACCAAUAAUUUAUAGAAACUUCUUAUUAUUUCUACCCGCUACAGCUUCUACCCAGCCUCUCAAGGCCGUACUAUCUUAUUAUCAAUCUGCAGUAUCUGUGAACGCCGAGGGUGAUACAUCAAUUCGAGAAGACACACUGGAAGGCUUAGGUACCAAAACAAAUUUCCUUAAGCUUCUUUUUGGGGCAGUUUUUAGUAUCGCAGAAUCGCAUCGAGGCCGCACUUCCACAAUACAUAUGGGAGUAGCACCUUCACCCACAUCUUCCAACAAGAAAACCGCAAAAAAGGACAUUGCAGAUAUACAAGCACUCAAUGCUAUUGACUCUGUUGAUGAUGUAUAUGGCCGUGAUAUCGACCCAAUUCAUCCAAGAACUGAAAUGAUGGCCAAUGUUCUAAGGGGGCGUCAUCGACAAGAGCUGACCCAGGAAGUUUCUAAAAAGUUGAAGCCGUCAGAGAGAUCAAGGCUGACGGAGAUAUUACCUGAUCCAGGCUACUUCGCGGCGGGUGCUAUCGCUGGGAUCUUUUCUCGCACAGCAACAGCACCCAUAGAUCGCUUGAAAGUUUAUCUUAUCGCCAAUGUCUCUGCAAAGAGAGCGCCUCUCGAAGCCGCGAAGCAGGGAAAUGUGGCUGCAGUCGCUAAAAUGGCCGGGCAGCCCAUAAUACUUGCUGUCAAGGAGCUUUGGAGGGCUGGCGGUAUUCGCAGCUUAUUUGCUGGCAUGUUUCUCAUGGUUUUUACUCUUACUAAAAACUAACCAAUACACAGGUAAUGGCUUGAACGUCAUCAAAGUUAUGCCUGAAAGUGCUAUCAAAUUCGGCUCAUUCGAAGCGGCGAAGAAACAUCUGGCUCAAUUGGAAGGACAUGGUAAUUCUAGGAAUAUUAAUCCUUAUUCAAAAUUUGUCGCGGGUGGUUUCGCUGGAAUAAUGUCGCAGUAAGUACUUCAAUUAAAUCACAUGAUAUAACUACUAAACCGUGAUUGCAGAUUGGUUGUCUAUCCGAUUGAUACUCUAAAAUUCCGGUAAGAUAUCACCCCUGCUCUUAUCAUUUGAAUAUUAUCUAAUUCAUCUCUAGAAUGCAAUGCGAAACUGUUGCUGGUGGCCUUCGCGGAAAUGCUCUAAUCGUCGCUACCGCUAGACAGAUGUAUAAACAAGGUGGAUUACGAUGCGCAUAUAGAGGUUUGACAAUGGGUCUGGUUGGCAUGUUUCCUUAUUCGGCUAUUGAUCUCGCCACUUUCGAAACUUUGAAGGCUUACAUGACACGCCGAAAUAUGUUGCGCUUUGGCUAUAGUGCGGAGGAUGCGACACCAGGGCCACUUGUUACAGGAGCUAUUGGUGCAUUUUCUGGGGCAUUCGGUGCAAGCAUAGUCUAUCCGAUCAAUCUCCUCCGCACACGUUUACAAGCUCAAGGCACGGUUCUGCACCCUCCGACUUACAAUGGUAUGAUGGAUGUUGCGCAGAAGACUAUUAAGAACGAAGGCUUCCGCGGCUUGUACAAGGGCCUUGCACCAAAUUUAUUCAAGGUGGUACCUGCCGUCAGUAUCACAUAUGUCGUCUACGAACAAGCUAAGAAGAGCAUGGACUUGCAUUAAAAAAAGUUCAACAUAUGACCAUAUUACUUUUUGGGUCUUAUCCCGCAUUCUUGUUUUACAUAUUAUUUCCUAGGGUGCAGUCUGAGGAUUUCCGGCAAGGUAUCGGUCCCACAGUUACAAACCUUUGUCCAAGAAUAACCCUGGGAUAUUCGGGACAAAAACAAUGACGAAGUGUAUUUUGCAAUUCGUCCUUCAUUCUAGUUUCUGCUUCCUAUACAAAUACACCACAACGACCUGUCAAACCUCUAUCGUUUGGGACCAAUGUCAGCGGACAGCAUUUUUAUACCACGACUCUUCAACCAUACCACAUUUCUUUCCUUUAUUAAAAUUCAGAGAGAUCUGCAUCAAACCGGCGUUUUAAUUUUCAAUUUUCUCAUUUGUCAUCAACAAUUCGGCGUUUUUAGGAAUGGAGAUACGGAUACAUACCUAUGGAUGGUAGGGAUUAUGAUAUAUCUGCAUAUAUACAAUGCAAACUUAGAUAUGGUCUACUGGUUUUGUGCGGGGAAAAAGGCGGGAGGGGUCGGGGAAA